GUUAUAAAAUGAAUGUGGAAAGAAUAGCGUAGAUCAUUUGAUCUUUGGAAAAAUUGAUGAAAGAUGAUUGCUGGCUUUGGUGUCUUGGCAAUUCUGAGCAGUUGAGAUAGGGAGAAAAAUUUGAGAAACAGGAGAAAUAUGCAAUGGGUUGAUUUGCUUUUCAUUUAAUUGCAUUGCUGUCUCUGAGAAACAAUUAAGAUAUUAAAAAGAUGAGCGAUUUUUAUCCCCUAUUGACUUUCAGAUUUUGCUGGCUUUUUAUUUAGUGUAUCAGUCAGGUAUUGUAUAUGUUUGUUCAUAAGGGUUAAAAAAAGGUUUAGAAUGCAUAGUUUGUGAAAGUAUCAUGUACCUCAAAAAUGGUGCUGAUGAAGUGCAUUUCCUCUUUACUCUAUCUUGAGUGUUAAAUGUAACUGCUGUUUACCAGUCACUGAUCCGCAUUUUUCAGAUUUGAGCAGAUUUUGACAAGUGAUUUGCACCAGUUUAGUCACAAGGGUUUCCUCUCUUCCUUCUUUAAAGGAAAUACUUAUCAGGUCACAAUGUCUGAAGCGUAAGUACUCUUUCUUUCAAGUUUUAUCUCUAGAUUCAUAUCUGUUAUCUUAAAUUAACAUGUUUAAAACUUUCCUACUUAUUCCUUUUCUCAUCAAUUGAAACUUGCUGGUUUAGACUGGUUAGUGGACUUCAUUACUUUCACUUUAAUAACUUGAUUCUUCUUUAUAUGUCUUAAAUAUCAAUAUUUUUAAUUCCAACGCAAUUUCCUCUUUAAAUCUAUUCAGAGACCCAAAUCUAAGAUUACGGCAUCCAGGAGGUUGUUUCUAAAGACGAAGCUUCUGAAGAAGGCAACCUCUAUGCUCGUAACUGAGGAAGAGGAGAAACAAAGGGAGAGAGAGACCACUUUGCGUGAGAGAGUGCCACCCCUACAACUGUCUGGUCUGUCUGUUCAAGAGCUUCAGGCUCUCUGCAAAGACCUCCUUCAAAAGAUUGAUGUUGUAGAUGAGGAGAGGUAUGACAUCUCUUCCAAGGUGGCCAAAAAUGAAAAGGAGAUUACAGAUUUGAACAUAAAGAUUACUGAACUUAGAGGCAAAAUGAAGAGGCCUGCACUCAAGAGAGUGAAGAUCUCAGCUGAUGCCAUGAUGAGAGUUCUUCUGGGCUCCAAGGUCAGAGAGUCUGUAGAUUUCAAAGCCAACCUCAAAACAGUCAAGAAAGAAGAGGAGAAGAAAGAAGAGGUGACUGACUGGCGUAAAAAUGUGGAAGCCAUGUCUGGAAUGGAGGGCAGGAAGAAGCUGUUUGAUGCUGGUCAAUAGAGGGUGAAAACUAUCAGAACUGACAUCAGGAAUCAAUGAUAAGUGCAGGGAUUCUAAAACUACUGAAAAUGAAUGUACAAUGUAAUGCAAAAUAUCUAUAUAUUAUUAGAACAACCACCUUUUAUGUGAAUGUUUUUUUCCAUUGUUGGUCAUAGCUUUGGAUCAUGACCUAAUGUUAAUGAUUGUCAGUGUUUCGUUUCACUUGAUAGAGGCACUGCAUGUUUUCAUAGAUAUUUAAAGUUGAAAUUAUGUCUCAAACCCUUUGUUCUUUUAGUGUCACAAUAGUUCCUAUGAUGUCAAGCUCAUUUUUUGUCUUAAAAAUAAACACAGUUUAAAGAGAAACUAAAUAAUUUGCCUUUUACUUUUUUCAGACCUUUGGAGAUGUUUGGAUACAAUGGCCCCAAAUAAAGCAGGACCUCUUCCCAUGCACCCCAUGUCUGUUUGACCUCACUUUAUAACAGACAUAACAUAACUGUAGUGUCCCGGAAAUACCUGCAGUUGUUCUAACAUCAAACAACAAUAUUUGUAAAUUUGUAUUAUUGAUUUUGAAUAUUGUAUACAGUAUCUGCUUUUUUUAGAACAUAAAGACACAACUUUUCCGUGAUAAUAAUAAUAAUAGAAAAAGUUACUACUUGAGAACAACAAACACUUAUUCCUGUUUUAAGGAAACAAACAAACAAACAAACAAAGAAAUGAGAGAUCACUCAAAAUGUUCCACGUCUACAGUAAUGUUGUGUGUUUAUGCUAACAAGGAUUAGACUGAGAAACAUACAAACAGUGGCAAAACCAUGACUUCUUUAUUGUUGAUAAAUACAUACCUGAGCAUCACUGAGUAAUGCUGCUAACUUUCCCAGAGUUUUUUAACAGCAUGGCCAACACGAGUAGAAUGCAUGGUAAAGCAAGGAAAUAUUUUCAGAUUAGACUAUCCUGAUAUAGAGUCACAAAUUCAUAACAUGAUAAAUAUGCUACAAUUUUUUCACAUUAUUAAAAUCAAAUCAGAAAUAUGUUUUUCUACUUUCCAUUGACAGCAAAAAGCAUCUCAUCUCUCAAUAUUUCUGGUCUCACUUGAUCCGAAUUCCAAAUGGCGGCAAAACCUGCAGCAUGAGAAAUACUCUGAUUCGAAAUGUGCAUCUCACACUAAUGUAAAGCUUAGUCACACUUUAGCAACAAAACAACAAAUAUAAUGUUAAAGGAAUAGUUCACCCAAAAAUGAAAAUUAUCUCAUUAUUUACUUACUCUGAUGUCAUCCCAGAUGUGUAUGACUGUCCUUCUUCAGCAGAACACAAAUUAAGAUUUUUUGAAGAAGGUAGAGCUCUGUCAGGUCCUUAUAAUGCAAGUAAACGGGUGCCAGCAA